AUGAAGAACGGUUCGAAACGGAGUCAGCGGAGUUCCGCCAGAAGCAGAAAGGGCAAAAAGGCCAACGUCGAGAAGAGUGAGCGCACGGCGCGGACAAUGCCGCCGGUCCAUGCCAGGCCGGGCACGAUGCGACUGCGGAUUCAGUCGUUUCUCAGCCAGUUUAUUUUUGUAAGUUAUGCCUUCUCUAAACUACUCGAAAAAAAACUGCUUGUUGGCUUACUUGUCUGGCUCAUUCCAAAAAAAUUUUUUCCGAACUGCGCCCGAGCCUUGAUUCAAAACUGUUUUUUGGCUAGCCCUCAAACUUUUUCUUCACUUUCAGGCAAAGCCUUCACCCAGUUAAAAAGCCAAAAGCUCACUUCUUGCCCCGCCACAAAAAAAAAUUUUUUCCGAGCUGCGCCCGAGCCUUCACUAAAAACUCGCUUUUGGCUAGUCCUCAAAUUUUUCACCCCAUAUGAGAUGGCAGACAAGUCAAAAACAUUACAUCCCUUCAUUCUGCCCUUAAAAUUCCAGGUUCCCGAACAUUUUUUGGCCAAGAAGGAAGACUCCUCGGGCGCAGCCCGGAAAAUACAAAAAAAAGCUGUUUUUUUUUGAACGGGCCAGAAAAUGGAGGUUCUACUCCCUUGUUUCUGACCAAAAAAGAAAAACUGUCCACCUGCAACACAAAAGUUUGAGUGCAGUGUUCAAAAACGUUCCCAAAUGCAUCCAGGAGACAUUCUCAAUGCUUCCGCAUGCUCAUCACUAAAAGAAGGCAUGCGGAAGCAUUAAAAAUGUCUGCUGGAUGCAUUUGGAGACGUUUUUGGACACAGAUCAAACAAAAAUUCCGCUCCGAAAACCAAGCCGGGCUUCAAACUUCAGUUCAGCCACUCAGGCCCAGCUUACGCCUAGUCUAACAUUUUUUUGUUUCAGCAAACCCGUCUAGUCCCCAUAACUCUGGUCCUCUUCCUCUAUGACUGGCAGUCGGAUGUGAAAAUCGUGGUGGCAUUCAGUUUCACGUGCAUUUCGACCAUUCUACUGAUCUUUAUCCACUUUAUGUACUCCUCCGUCAGGAUGAAGGAUAGGAUUCCGCCGUUUGUGGUGGGUUUUUUCUCUCCGGCGGAGCGACGGUUGGGAAGGUUGAUUAUGAGAGAAUAGGAACGUUGUCAAUUGGGGAAGUUGACAGCUGGGGAAAGAGACAAUUGGGGAAACUGAGAAAUAUUAUUUUUCUUGUAGGUAAGUUUCGAAAUUAGGAUAAUUGAUGGCGUUGAUUUCAAAAAUCAUAUUGAUUUUUUUGAUCGUUACUUUUUUUAAGCGGUACUGUAAAAUAGUAAUUUUUCGAUUUUUUUCUUACAAAUACUCGAUUCAGGGGUCUUCGAUGGUGCUGAUUUCAAAAGUGACAUUCAUUUUUCGUGAUUUGAAAUCAGCACCAUCGAAAAAAACCCUGAAUCGGGCAUUUUUGUGAAAAAAAUCGAUAAAUUACUACUUUACAACACUAUUUAAGAAAAAAGUAACGAUCAAAAAAAAUGAAUAUGAUUUUUGAAAUCAACGCCAUCGAUUAUCCUCAUUUCGAAAACUUACAGUGCCGGAUCUGAUCCAGUGGCAAAAAACGUACCAUUUUGCAACCGGGAGGUAUCAGAAAAUGUGGCAAAAUACUUCCUUACUACGUGAAAAAACUCCGAUUUCGAAGGGUCUCUUUUUGCAAAGGCCCUUCAAAACAGAGUUUUUUAGUUGGAGAGGGAGGCACUUUGCCACAUUUUUUGAUACUUCCCGGAUGCAAAAUAGUAGAUUUUUUUGCCACUGGAUCAAGUCCGGCACUGUACAUGCAAGAAGAAAAAUAUUUCUCAGUUUCCCCAAUUGUAUCUUUUCCCAAUUGCCAACUUUCCCAAUUGACAACAUACCUGCCGGACCUGAUCCAGUGGCAAAAAACGUACCAUUUUGCAUCCGGGAAGUAUCAAAAAAUGUGGCAAAAUACCUCCCUCUUCAAGUGAAAAAACUCCGUUUGAAGGGCCCUCACAAAAAGGGCGGGCGCGAUUUUGAAAUCGGAGUUUUUUCACUUGGAGAGGGAGGUAUUUUGCUACAUUUUUUGGUACUUCCCGGAUGCAAAAUUAUAGGUUUUUUGCCACUGUAUCAGGUCCGCCACUGUAUUCUCUCGGAAUCAACUCUUCAACACCUAUUUUUUCUUCUUUAUCCCUCUAAUUUCCCCAACUAAAUUUUCUUUUCCAGUUUAUGUCCGGAUAUGCCUUCACCAGUUUGCUGGGCGUGGUUGAAACGGUUCUUUAUGGAGUUGCAGGCCUGCCCCAACCACGAAUCACCCUUCUUGUCGUCUGCUUUGUAAGUUUGAGCCUCCCCAAAGCUAUACCCUCGAUUCUUUGCCAAUUUCAGGCAUAUGUAAUGACCUCCGUGGCGGUGUCGCUCAUUUUCAUCCUGUGGAUUUUUGUGAUGAGAAACAAGUGA